CAUCUCAUUUCACACACACAACACACAAAAAAACCCUUGUCCUCCCUCCAUGUUAAACCCCUCAAAAAUUUCAGUCUCCCCCAAAAAAUUUCACAUUUUUCCCUCCAAUCUCUUUCUCUCUCUAGCUUUCUCUCUCAUCCAAAAAUAGUAAGUUUGUAAUGGAUGGAGCACAACAAUACAAUCCUAGAACAGUUGAAGAAGUAUUUAGAGAUUUUAAAGGUCGUAGAGCUGGUCUUAUUAAAGCCCUCACUACUGAUGUUGAAGAAUUUUAUCAACAAUGCGACCCAGAGAAGGAAAACCUCUGCCUUUAUGGAUUUCCCAGUGAACAGUGGGAAGUCAAUUUACCAGCCGAAGAAGUACCCCCAGAGCUUCCUGAGCCUGCUUUGGGGAUAAACUUUGCCCGAGAUGGCAUGCAAGAGAAGGACUGGCUGUCCUUGGUCGCUGUGCAUAGUGAUGCGUGGUUACUUUCUGUUGCCUUUUAUUUUGGUGCUAGAUUUGGGUUUGAUAGAGCUGAUAGGAGAAGAUUGUUCAAUAUGAUAAAUGAUCUCCCUACAAUUUUUGAGGUUGUGUCUGGGACAGCCAAGAAACAAUCAAAAGACAAGUCAUCAAUGUCAAAUCACAGCAGCACCAAAACUUGGGAAUGUUAGUCAUCAUGGU